CGAGUGAAUCUUUACAUGAAUCGGAGGAAGCCGUUUCUCCUUUUCAAAAAUAUUUUGAGCCUAUUGACAGUGAUUUAAAACAAAAUGACAGAGCUCCUGCUGCUGCUCAUGGCAAAAGAGGCAAAAAAGUAGAUGAUCGUCAAAUUCGGGAAUACUUAAAUCGCAAAAAACCUACUGGAAAACCAAAGCAAAAGGGAUCAAAAGCUUCAAAUUCUACUUCUAGCACCCAUUCGGAAACUACCACUUCAACAUCUCGACAAGCUCCUCCUUUUCAACAACUUCCUGCCCCGCCUCCCACUUUCAAUAUUUGGGCAAAUCUCUUUUAAGAAAAAUACUAUUUAAAUUUUAAAAAAACAUAAAUAAGUAAAUAUAUGUAUUUGUUUAUUAUAUUUUGACAGAUUGUCAAUAUUUCAUCCCUCUUACAAUUUUUCAUGCAGCAUUUUAUUGUUGCGCAAUAUAUAAAUGGGAUUUUUGAAUAAAUUUUCUGACUCUUAAUAUUUAAUUUCUCAAUAAAUUUGAUUAAAAUUCAUUCAAUUUACUUAAUGAUAAAAUUCUUCCGUUCUUUACUUUUAAUUUUAUGAGAUAAUUUAUAUGCUAUUAUGUAUUUAUAAGGCUAUUGGAAGAUAUUUUUAUAAUUUUAUUUCCCAACCUUUUCCAAAGGCUGAAUUAAUGUUUUCGAGUGUAACAAAGUCUGGUGUAAUUACUUGCAAGCUUGAGUGGAAGAUAUUAGAUUUUUGGGACCUUACACAAUUAAUGAACGAGGAUCAGUGCUUAACGAGUUAG